AUAUCAUGUCGAAACACACACCAAACACAAAUACACUGUAUGGUCAGUCACGCAUUAAACUGUCUAUUCGUUUUUUGUAGACCCCGAUUUUUCAAGUUCCAGACUAUCCUUCCACUAAUGUGCUGUUGGAGAACAACUACCAUUAUACACCGAGGACAGGGGCUUUUCAGUUGACAGUUAGUCUCGAUGACUUCAUGUCAGUGGUUACUUUAACAUCCGCAUUUGUUGGAUGCAGUUCAAAAUUUAGCACAACGAAGUACUGUGCGCGAUUGCGCAUGCCCCUUGCUCUGUUGCUACUCAGUUGUUGUAGUUACCAGGAAGAUUAACCGCGAUGAUCAACUGCCCCUGGUGAUACCAGCUAGCUAGCAGUUAGCAACACAGAUCUAUAUCUAUGGUUCUGCGGGCUGUCAGACAAAAAGCCUGAAGUGACAAAUGCCAUGGUAAAACCCAGACAGUUGAUCCAAAGAAGCUUUCACCGGACAGCUCGUCCAGUUUAACAGUGAAGAUGCCAGCUGUGAUCAGGGAUAAGGAGGACUCUGAAUCCUCCUCAGAAGACGAGCAUGAUUCUUCUAACCAUUUGCCCCCCAGAGACCAACCCUGCAUUGCAUGGAGUGGCCUUAGCAAGACUAUCCCGGUUCUCCUGUUCUUCCCUGAAGCUGCUGUUUCAAAAGAUGUCAAUAUCUGCUCUACUGGAGAACGAUAUCAUAUGGCCUUCAAGAUUGUACGCACAGAGAGCCGCCUGGUACGGGGAAUACUCACCAAUCAUGGAUUCCAUGAGGUUCACCCAAACAGUAAUGAUUUUAACCUCAUGUGGACAGGAUCUCACCUCAAGCCUUACAUACUACGCAGCCUUCAAGACUUUCAGAAGGUCAACCACUUUCCCAGGUCAUAUGAAUUGACGCGCAAAGACCGCCUGUAUAAGAACAUCCAGCGAAUGCAGCAGACUCACGGCUUCAAAAACUUCCACAUUGUUCCCCAGACUUUUGUGCUUCCCUCUGAGUACCAGGAGUUCUGCAAUUGUUUCACCAAGGACAAAGGCCCAUGGAUUAUUAAACCUGUCGCAUCUUCAAGAGGGCGAGGCAUCUACUUGGUCAGCAAUCCAAAUCAGAUUUCGAUGGAUGAAAACAUCUUGGUGUCUCGCUAUAUCAGUAACCCACUAUUGAUAGAUGAGUUCAAGUUUGAUGUGCGGUUGUAUGUGUUGGUAACGUCAUACGAUCCACUCCUCAUCUAUGUGUAUGAGGAGGGCCUGGCGAGAUUUGCCACAGUCAAGUAUGACCGGACUUCAAAGAACAUAAAGAACACAUUCAUGCAUCUCACUAACUACAGUGUGAACAAAAAGAGCAGCGAUUAUGUCAGCUGCGAUGACCCUGAAGUUGAGGAUUAUGGGAACAAGUGGAGUAUGAGUGCAGUGUUGAGGUAUUUGAAGCAGGAGGGGAAGGACACCACAUUGCUGAUGAGACAGGUGGAGGACCUCAUCAUCAAAGCUGUACUGAGUGCUGAACAACAGAUAGCCACCGCCUGCAAGAUGUUUGUGCCCCAUAAGACAAACUGCUUUGAGCUUUAUGGUUUUGAUGUGCUGAUUGACGCCAACCUCAAACCAUGGUUGUUAGAGGUGAACCUUUCGCCCUCCCUGGCUUGUGAUGCACCCUUGGAUCUAAAGAUAAAGGCCAGCAUGAUUGCGGACAUGUUUUCACUUGUGGGCUUUGUGUGUCAGGACCCCCUGUCGAGACACCCACGCUCUGACCGAGUCACCCUGGACCCUGGCCUCAAGCACCAAGCAGCUCAAAGAACACAGAAACCUCUUUCUGCACCAACAGCCACUGCACACAGCAGAGUGCGGCAGAGGCCAGCAUCAGCCAGUAACUCUGAAACGGACGGGUCGAAAGAAAAGCCAGGGCCUAAACAAGGCCAAGGAGACAGCACUCUGAGCCUGACUGCUGAGGAGAUCAAAGUGCUGAGGAGGAUAAAAGAGGAGUAUGAGAGACGAGGAGGCUUCAUCAGGAUCUUCCCCACAGCAGAAACAUGGGAGCUCUAUGGUGGAUAUCUGGAGUCCAAGACAUCAAUGAACUACAUGCUGGCAAACAGACUUUUCCAUGGAAGGAAUGUGAACGGGAAUGUGCAGCUGCAGGUGGACGCCGUCCACGCUUGUCACGCUGUCCAGUACGAGAGGAAGCUGCUGUCUCUGGAGGCACGUAAGAGGAGACAGCGCCACCUGACUCAUCGCUCUGCGGAGGGGAAGAAGAAAUUGGGGAAGGAAUCCAAGACCUCCUCGACUGCAAGCGGCGGUCAGAAGGGAGAGGAGUGUGCUCAGGAGGAAAGAGAGGAGGUGAAGCAGGUUUUCGGGCCAGUCUCACACAGGGCUUUGGUAGCAGAGCUAGGAAAACAAGUGGCCACACCACUGGGGAGCUGCCAGGUUGAGACUCUGUCCAGCUCAGAGGCAGCCAUGCACUGUGCCAGGCCCAGAGUCAACCUGCUCAACAUCCUUCAGCAGGGGUGGGAACUCAGUAAAGUGCAGGCUCGGGUGGCCUUUUCCUCAUACCUGCAGCGAGUCCAGCAAAGACUGUUGGCAGAGAGCAGGGCCAACACCAUCCCAGCUUGGCCAGACAAAGACAACGACCAAAUGGAGCUGGUGAUUCGCUUCCUGAGACGAGCAGCCAGUAAUCUCCAACAAGACAUAAAGGUGGCCUUGCCCAGUCGCCAGCUUCCACUCCAAGACCGCAGACGCAUCCUGUCCCACCAGCUAGGGGAGUUUAUCCACUGUUACAACAAGGAGACAGAACAUAUGGUGAAAAAACAGGAGAAUAGCAAAGAGGAGCAUUGUGUUAACCCCAGUGUGUUUCAAGAGUACAUCACUGCAGCGAGUGAAAACGAUCUGGAGGAAGUACUGACAUUCUACAUGCAGAAAAAUAAAUCAGCCACCGUCUUCCUAGGAGCAAAAGUCAGGAGUGUUAAGAAAGAUCUUCAUGAAGUAAAUGCCUCAGGAGAAUCAGGCAACUGUGAGAAUUCCAAAAGGAAAGUCAGCAGUGACCCAGACAUCAAGGCCACUGCGAGUCAGUCUUCUGUUCCUACCUUGCCUGAAGAUCAGCAGGCAGAAGUUAGAACUGGCAAAGCCCUGCCAGAGGUUCAGUCCUCCCAGCACUGCUCCAGCUUUCCUGUGACUUUAGACUCCACACAUAUUCAUCUGCAGCACUGUUCUCCUGCCCUGACGUCUAUGCCUCUCCAUUGUCCGCCACCGCCGCCACCUGCUCAGCCACCGUCCUAUGCACAGUCUUUGGCAAAGUCUCACUUCUGCCAUUCUGAGACUUUGUCUGAGCUUCCUGCUUAUACCUCUGCUGUUGUGGUCACGCAGCCACCGAGAGCGACGUGGACAGCGGUUUCCACUGGCUCUAACACAGUCUCUACUGGGCAGCCAACCCAGGUGCUCAGGAAGAUUCAGUCCUUUACCUCAUCGACGUCCAGCUGUGGAGCAACCACUUCCAUCCCAAGUGCCACGCACAUCUAUAGACAGAAACUCUCUAGACCCACCUCUGCAGGCCAAGCAAUCAGGAGGAGCAGUUCCAGUAAGCUGAAGUCAAACUCAGUGGGGACAUUCAAGGAGUUAAACUCCCUGUCAGCCCAGGCCCAGUCUAACCAGCAGGCCUUCAUCUCAGCCCUGCAAAAGCUGGCUGAGAAGCAGGUUGCUCGCCACUAUGCCAACUCCAGUCACAUCAACCUGCUGACACAACACCUGACCAGCAUGAACCUGGCCAACAGAAUGCUGAGCAGAGAGAGCUUCACACUGAACCCUAAAGUACGGCACACUGCUGCUACAACCCAAGGGCCAGUGAAAGCUGUUCACAUUGGAACGGAUCUAUGUAACAACACUGGCCACAGGUCUCUGAAGGAGGAGGAGGGUCUUUGGGACGGGCAGAUGCAGAGUACAUAUAGCUUGGUGGCAGGGGUGAACCCCCAGCAGCACUACCAGCCCACCCAAGGAAGCUACCAGCUUCAGUUUGCUAUCCAGAAACUGCAACAGCAAAGACUUCAGUCUCGACAAUUUCUGGACCAGAGCCUCUGCAGAUUCCAGGCUCAAUUCCCAGACCAGACAAAUACCCGACAGGAACAGACUCCCACAUACUCAUCUAGUUGCCUCCCACCCAGCUUUCAUGUUGGGCCCAAUCACAGUCAUGGCCACAGUCACGUCCAAACCUGUGUUAGUCCUGUUCUCGCCCCAAAGCCUCCCAGCAGUGCCAGAGAAGGACAGAUCAAGAAAAUGACAACAAAACGCCUCAUCAAUGUUUCUGGCUGCAGCUUGACUCUUGAAGUGACAGAGUGUGAGACUGUUGACAAAGAAAGUGAUGUGAAGAACCCAGAGGUCAAGUUUUUUUUCCCCCCUUUUCAAUAUGAAAGAAGUCGCUUCCUGUCAAGAUCUCUGUAUGAAGUCCUCGGAGGUAAACAUAGAUGGCAGACGUCUGCAGAGAGUUCAGCCAGUGGAAGCGUGUCCAGUGGCCAGCACACAGCCUAUGAAGCCAUCUGUGGUAAAACAGGUCCUUCUGUAUACCACAAACUGUUCCAGGGCCAGGAACCUGGUCACAGAUGACACGAAGGCGAUCAGAGGCAUGUCCUGCCCCUCUGCCGGCCCGACAGGUGUCUCUGCAUGUAACUACGUCCUUACAGAGGUGUAUUCUGGGAAAGAACAACAGAAACAGAAAAAAGCAUGCCAGAUAUCGAACAGGGCUCUAUUAACUUCUCUAUGAUACAGCCACAGACACGCCAGCGGAUGUUCUGCGAGGCCAGGAAUGCCCAGCUUUGACGCAGGUUGGGAUUUUGUUGCGUAGCUCAACAUCAUUUGGCCUUUUCCGCUCCCUAAACCCUUCCCCUCAUCCCCCUUGGCUACACUCAGUCUAUACGCCAACAGUUGUCUGCCCUAAUUCUCUCCAAGCUACUGAUGCCACAGAAAGAUUUCACUGACAGAUAGCUUCAGGCAGAUGGUUCUUCAAGCCUCAGAGGCAUUUUACAUAUGGGAUUCAAAAAUGUAUUCUUUACUCAUGCAUGAAUGGUAUGCGCACCAGAAGCCGCUCACGUUGAUUUUUCUUCCUCCUAAAAAAGUUGUACAAUCAGGUGAAAUGGAGGGGGUUUGCUGAUAAAAGGCUUUUGAAAAGUAUUGCCUGAAGACUCCUGUCAUGUGUGGCUUUGGCAACAGAUAUAUCAACUCCCAGUCCUUGUUGGAAGCCAAAUUGCGGCCACAUCUCACUCUUUGGCCAUUGCCUAAGGAUGAAGUACAACAUCCUUUGCUUAUGUGCUUAGUAAAGGAAAGUUUGAUUGUUAGAGCUUAACUAUGAUUGGUCGCUGCCUUGUUCCCUGUUUACAAAGAUGAUGCCAGAUGUUGCCGGGGGGAAUACCGUUGGCUGGUUGAUUGUUCCUGUUGACUGUUGGGAUGUCGAUGUUGUUUUACUUGGACUAAAUGGACCAAAUUUAAUAUUAAAUAAGUUAUUGUUAUUGCAUCAGUAUUUGUUUACUGCACAUUGUGUACCAAAAGGCAUUAAUGGCUGUUUCUGUAGCUGAAAGCAUAAUGUAAAGAGAAACUGCGGUUAUGCACAGCCUUGCUGGCAAUAAAGGUUGAUGCUGCACCAGCAGACCAAUAUCCUUGUGGAUAUUCUGUUGCUUGGGACCAUAUAGUGAGUUGACUCAGGGUGUGUUGAUAGAAUUAAACAUAUCUGUUAAAUAUCAAGACAUUCAGCAAAUGUUUUAUGCUGUCUUUGUCAGAAAUACUUGAACUUCACGCAUGUCUUUGUCAUAUAUCAACUGAUGAUUAUCAUCUCAGUGGUUUUGCACAGAUUUCAAUGCAGUACAACAGAACUGGUUUUAAUAUACUUGAUGGUAUUUUUGUAGUGAUUCAUAUUAAACUUCAUGUUGCAGAUAUACUGCUGUUAAAGGCAGCGCAUGCUGUGUUACAAGAUACAAUAUAUUGUCCUGUUGUUCACAGUCUGUUGUUUAAUAUGUUGCUGAUUGUUUACAACACACAUGCAUGGAAAUGUAAUAUUUUUUGGAAUUAUUUAGGCAGUCUGUAUCAAUCAACAUUGAAAUGAAUACCUAGAAAACACUGAAACAUGAUGAUCAUGUCAAUAAAUGUAUUUGUUAACCACA